GAGGUCGUGGCGGGGAGAUUUAAAAAGGAACGAGGGAUAGGAAAUUAAAGCACGAGUAGAGAGACUCGGACUCCCAAGCGAAUGGAAAAAGAAAUGGGAUGGAAAACAAAACGGAAGAUAAAAAAAAGCAAAGAAGGGGUGGAGAGACAGGAAAAAGCAACGAGGAAGAAGAGGAGACAGAGAAGAUCAAUGACUUUGUUCGGGCAGGAAUGGAGAGAAGCAAGGACGAUGACCCGACGGAGAACAACUUGUUGAAUGAAGUAGGGGAGGAAGGGGAAAGAGAGGGGGGAAGGAAGUGGAAGUUCAAGAAAACCAACGAGAUGCCACCGAUCCAACUCUGCGCCGCCCCUCUCUCUGCGACCAUCGCAACGUUGCUGGGGGCCAGCCGCGAGUCAAUCUCGUUCCUGACGCCCUUUCGGCUGAUGAUUGGGGAACUCGUGAGGCUGAGGAUGGAGUCAUCUUCUCCCACCACCAGUCAGAGUGUCUCUGCACGUCAUUUUCCCACUCAACUACCUUUAGACGAGGGAGGGGUGAGAAAUUAGUGUGUCCAGCAAUCUGGGUGAAACUAGUCGUUCCUUCUAUAUCUGGAACCUUGUUGGACAGCUCUGACACUGACAGUCACACAACAUAGUGUUUCGGUCCAGACUACAACAAUUCCAUUCUUUUAAAUUAAAGCAAUUCAACAUUGAAACAGUACUAGUUACUAGCAAGUUGAUUU